AAAAAAAAAAAAAAAAAAAACUGCUGUGAUAAUCCCAAACAAGAUCUCAACGAGACGAAAUAAACUUGAUCGUCCAAGAUCAAUCAUUCAAUAUGUGCAAAUCUCAGUUCCACAGCUUCCUCAAGGCCUUGCCAAAGGUUGAGCAGCAUCUCCAUAUUGAGGGAACUCUUGAGCCUGAACUUCUCUUCUCCCUCGCUGAGAAGAACGGGAUCAAAUUGCCAGAGGAUCCUGUCUACGAGUCGGCUGACAAGUUGCGAGAGCGAUAUGGGAGAUUCACAUCCCUCGAUGAUUUCCUGCACUACUACUACCUCGGGAUGAGCGUGCUUAUCACCGAAAACGACUUUGAGACUCUUGCGUACCAGUAUUUCCAGCGCGCGGCGAGCGAAAACGUCCGGCAUGCUGAGAUCUUCUUCGAUCCUCAGGCGCACAUCGCUCGAGGUGUCAGCUACGACACUGUCGUCGCAGGACUUACAGCUGCCAAGCGUCGUGCUCAGAAGGAGUUGGGGAUUACUGUCGAGCUGAUUGUCUGUAUCCUUCGCCAUCUACCUGUUCCCGAGUCUCAUGCUCUGGUCGAUACUCUUCUUGACCGUGGCCACUUCAACGAUGGUACCCUGACAGGCUUCGGCAUGGUCUCGAGCGAGAAGGCGUUCCCUCCUGAGCUCUUCACAGAGGUCUAUGCCCGUGUGGCAAAGACUGGCACUCAUCUCACCACUCACGCCGGUGAGGAAGCACCACCUUCUUUCAUCACUGCCUCACUCGAGCACCUGAAAGUCUCGCGCAUCGACCACGGUCUCGCAGCUGCUCAGGACCCAGAACUCCUCAAGAGACUGGCCGCCAACCGCACCCUCUUGACUUUCUGCCCCUGGUCUAACGUAGCUCUCUGCAACCUGCCUGAACUCGCCGACGCCCCUGUGCGCAAGUUCCUCGAUGCUGGUGUCCUCUUCAGCGUCAACAGCGACGAUCCUGCUUACUUUGGCGCCUACGUCCAGGAAGUCUACUGCCGUGUCCAGGAUACCUUCAGCCUCUCCGUCAAGGACUGGGCAUGGAUCGUCCGCGGUGCUGUUAAGGAAAGCUGGUGCUCUGAUGAGCGCAAGCAGAAGAUUCUCAGAGAGCUGGAGCAAGUGUUGGAGGAGUAUAAGGAUUUGAAGGCGUGAGCUGUGAUUCAAAAGUCAAGAAGGCAUUGGGGAUAGGGGAAGGGGUACGGCGGAGAUAGCCUGAUGUGUAGGUAGUUAGGACGGUUAGGUGGAAAUGCAACUCGCUGUAUUUCUGACGAACAAGAUAUUUAUCAUCUAAAAAUACGCUGCAGUUCCUGAACCGCUGUUUGCCGU